AUGGCUCGACUUCGAAGAUGGUUCGAUGUUGAACUUCAACGGCUGGGCUUCGGUGGCCUCGAGGACAUUUUUAUGCACCUGGAAACCAUGCCAGAUGACCAAGUUGCUGGAUACUUACAAAACGUUUUGGGAGAGCAAGCUGAGGUAAAAACGCUUGCCGCAGCUUUCGUCACUGCUAGGUCGGAUGGACAACGUCCUGUCGGAUCAGGAACCCGUGCAAUAUCAAAUGGUGAGUCACAGCCGACGUGGGACACAAUGAGCGGGACCGGCAAGUCAUCUACAACGAAAAAAGGGAAACGCCGAGGAAAGAAUCGCGCGGGUUCUUCUAACGGAAAUGGAUCCAAACACAACACCGGGAAGACCUCAUUUGCUAGCGCAGUUGCCGGUCAAGGAUCCUCAACAUCUAACUCCGGGCAAGCUCAAGCAAUUAGGAACUCCGCUGCAGAACAAAUUCCCAGGAAAAUCAGAGAAUAUCAAAGGUCAAAAAAAUGUAUCAACUGCGUGUACUGCGGUUACAUCGAAAAACUUAUUCGUGAGGAUGGGGCGUGUUCGUUUUGCCAAAGACCGAUCUUUUCAAUUUACGGCAGCGAGCACGAGGCCUCCAACAUGCGAACAAGGGCGAACCAGUCAUCGAAUCGAACGAUAUUAGAAAACAGAACCGCAAGUAAACAAGAAAAAGGAGGCAAAGAAACUGUAUCCCAGGCUACUGAUGUGCAGGAUAGAGAUAUUCUCGUUUCACAAGUGCCCCGCUUACCCGACACAGACUCGUCAGACGGAUUCUACCGCAACCCAAGUUUGCCUCAGUCGUGGUUAGAAGAGUGCCUUAACCUAAUGACAAUCCGCUUGAGCGGUUAG